CUAUGAGACUUAGGCAUCUAGGGUUAGGGAUUCCUUGAUUCAUCUUAUUCUUCGUCUUCUACUCUGAAACAGGAACAAGAAGAAAAAAAAUGGGGAAAGGAGGUUCUCUGAGCGAGAGCGUGGUGAAAAAGAUCCUGCUCUCUUACGCAUACGUGGCCAUAUGGAUCUUCCUGAGUUUCACUGUAAUCGUGUUCAACAAAUACAUCCUAGACAAGAAGAUGUACAACUGGCCAUUUCCAAUCUCUCUCACCAUGAUCCACAUGGCCUUUUGCUCAUCCCUGGCUUUCCUCCUCGUUCGUGUCUUCAAGUUCGUUGAACCAGUCACCAUGUCUCGAGAUCUUUACCUUUCCUCCGUCGUUCCCAUCGGAGCUCUUUACUCGUUCAGCCUUUGGUUCUCUAACUCCGCUUACAUCUACCUCUCUGUUUCCUUCAUUCAGAUGCUCAAGGCACUGAUGCCGGUCGCCGUAUACUCCAUCGGCGUCCUGUUCAAGAAGGAGACCUUCAAGACUGAAUGUAUGGCGAAUAUGCUUUCUAUCUCCUUUGGUGUUGCCGUCGCCGCCUAUGGUGAAGCGCGAUUUGACACCUGGGGCGUCAUUCUCCAGCUCGCUGCGGUUGCCUUCGAGGCCACACGUCUCGUCAUGAUCCAGAUCUUGCUCACUUCCAAGGGAAUCACUCUCAACCCCAUUACCUCCCUCUACUAUGUCGCUCCAUGUUGCCUCGUGUUCCUCUUCGUCCCAUGGAUUCUCGUCGAGUUCCCUGUCCUCAAGCAGACCUCAAGCUUCCACUUCGAUUGGCCCAUCUUCGGCACCAAUUCCUUAUGCGCCUUCGCCUUGAAUCUCGCCGUAUUCUUGCUAGUGGGCAAGACUUCGGCGCUGACAAUGAAUGUUGCUGGGGUUGUCAAAGAUUGGCUUUUGAUUGCGUUCUCAUGGUCGAUCAUCAAGGAUACGGUCACUCCGAUCAAUCUGUUCGGGUACGGGCUCGCGUUCUUGGGGGUUGCUUACUAUAACCACUCCAAGUUGCAGGCGCUUAAGGCUAAGGAAGCUCAGAAGAAGGCUGCUCAGGCAGAUGAGGAGUCAGGAAGGCUUUUGGAGGUGAGAGAAGGAGAGGGUCAGGCAAGGAAGCCUGAUUCGCAGGCUUGACGUUGAUUCGGUUGUUGAUUUUUACUAUUUAGAUCAGAUAAAUAUAUAAGCC